AUGAUGAUGAGCAGCCCGGUGGUACGGCAAGCUGUUCUAUGUCAGAGUUCAUUCUUCUUCUCGCUUCUCACCGAAACGAGCAACGACAACCUAGUUUGGGAAACAGUACUUACUCAAACAGCAGAAGCCUUCGAAACCCUCAGGAAAGCUCUGCAGUACAUCGAGAACGCGGACAUUGCUCAACACAUGCACGGCACUGUGCGCAUUUUGGCGAGCAUCUUGCAGGUUCAAAGGUUUGAAAUCGCUGUGUUGAGCUUCGACAAUUGCCGAGCGCAUCUCUUCGCAGCACUGGCUCUUUUCGAGCAUCUUAUGCGCAGCUCUGUGCCCGCUAUAGAAGACCCUAAGCUACAGUUCCAGUCCGUUCUAGACCGCCUUGGACCAACCUCACGGCUCUUGCCUGGCCUUUCCAUCGAGGUACAAAGCGCAGAACAGGCAGCAUUCACUUUCUCCACAGCACUCUUGAUACUAGACGAUAUCGUGGCCAGCACAAUAUUGCAAGAACCGCCAAGACUAUACGAGUAUCAUCGCGCCCUUCUUUACGCCACUACUGAUAGCCCACCUGUGGUCGACGUCGAGUCUGUGAUUGGAUGUCAAAACGUGGUGUUACUGCAGAUCGGCGAAGCGUCGAACCUCGAUACCUGGAAACAACAGCGAAAACGAGCGGGCAACCUAGACGUUAUGGAGCUAGUGCGCCGUGCCAUGUCCAUCAAAGAUGCACUUGAAAACCACCUUGGUUCUCUCACAUCAAUUUCAGCGAACACUUCUUGGCGAACGGGUACCCUCUUGGACCAGACAUGCGCUCUAGCAGAUGGCGAUCAACGUCUCUUCGUAACUCGCAUAUGGGGACAUGCCGCGCUCCUCUUUCUAUCGGUGGUAGUGUCAGGAUGGCAGCCCGCCAACACCGAGGUUCAGCAUCAUGUCGGAGCUCUCUUAGACCUGCUAGAUCUGCAGAAACAUCCUCCUGCUCUACUGCGCUCAGUCGCAUGGCCAUUCUGUGUAGCAGGCUGCCUUGCAAUGCCAUCGCAAGAAGCUCGAUUUCGCGCACACAUGCAAGCACUGGGGAGGACUAGCAUUUUCGGCGCACUGCGAAAAGCAUCGAAAAUCAUGGAAGAUGUAUGGAGGAGCAGGGACUCCGAAGAUAGAUCGAAUCGCGAUCUUGCUACAUUCUUCAGAACCGAAGGUGAUCUAGUGUUGCUCGUAUAG